AAAGCAUCCUGGGUGUUGUAGUCUGUUGCCGGGAAGGAGUCUUGGCGCUUUCCUUCCUCACGGCUUCCCAGAAACUGUUAAAGGAGGAGUCGCCUCUUCCUUCCUCCCAGGUUGCCCAGCGGCGCCGGUUGCCGGGGAACGCUGGUGCCGUGAGCAGGGAUGGCGGGAGGAUAGGACAUGGUGCGGGGUCCGGAGCUAAGUUGGUGAAAAAGAGCUCGGGCUCGUCAUGAAACAACGAAAAGGCCAGGGACCUGGGGGCGGCCGUGGCCGCAAAAAGAGAGGUUUGAGUGACAUUUCUCCAUCAACAAGUCUACCACCUCUGGUUGAAGGCCAGCUACGCUGCUUUCUGAAACUUACUAUUAAUAAAAUCAUAUGGAAGAUUGCAAAGCCUCCCACUUGUGUACUUGUCCGAGUAAGAUGGUGGGGAGAAACAUCAGAUGGAACCCUCUUUUGUCCUCGGGAUGCUUUGCAGCCUGAGCCAAAAGCUGUGAGAACAACCACACGUUAUGCUAUUCGCUGUGGUCCGAAGCAGUUUACCUCUUAUCUAACAGAUAUGGCUGUGCUGGUGCUGGAUGUAAUCACCAAACUUGAUCAUCUUCCAAUUGGUAGAGUUCAGAUCAGUGGACUAGCCCAGCUUUCUCCAACGCAUCAAAUCAAUGGAUUUUUUACCAUUGUCUCACCAACAUUUAAGAAACUUGGAGAACUCCAGGUCUCGCUUGCCCUGGAGCCUUUGUCAGAAACUUAUGACAGCUAUAGUCCUCUUCCUACCACUGACGUGACAGAAAACGUGCUUUUAUCUGAGCAGGGAUUCAGAGAAAAUAUUGAACCCAGCAAUACCCAGUUUCUGGUUCCAUCCAGGCCUCAUGGGAUUCCUGUCACCAAAAUUGAUGGAAAAGAGUUAGCAACCAACAGUAGUAGGUCAACCACUCCAAGGGGAAAGGACCACUUGUACUUUGCGGAGAACUCUGAUACAAUAAAGGACUCUUUCUUUGAACUACAGCACCAUCUUAAUUCAGGACAAAGUUUAGAGUCUGUAACUCUGAAAGGCAAAGCCCCACAGAAACAGAUGUCUCUUCUCAACAGUUCUGAAUUCCAGCCUCAAACUAGGACAGUUGCCAAGAGUCGCAGUGACUCAUGCGUUCUUUCUUCAAACAACCCUCCUACCAAGGACCUUCUUUCAGCUCUGUUAGAACAAGGCAAUAAACUGCGUAAUGCCAUGGUGGUUUCUGCAAUGAAAUCAAGCCCAGACACUAGCAUGUUGUUGGACGAAGUUCAUCCUCCUAUGAAGGGAGAUUCUCUUAGAGCAUCAACACAAAUCAGAGCCUGGCCUAGGAAUCACUUUAAAGACCACAUUGAAGAUCACCUUCUCCAUCCAACUGAGAAUGCAUUUUGGAAACAUGACCCAAAAGCUGAUACUAGAGCCAUACAGCUGCUGUUAGGCAGUGCUGAAUUAUCCCAAGGUCAUUACUGGAAUGGGCUAGGCUCUCCUCCAGAUUCACCAUCUCCUGGGAGUGACGUUUAUUGCAGCAGUGAGCUGAAUGACCCUCAGUAUGACCAGAGUCUCCUGGAGAACUUAUUUUACGUAGCACCUAAAUCUGAUAGCAGCAUUAGUGAUUGCCCCAGUGAAGAUGGUGAUAUUAUCCCUUCUAAAAAAAUGAACCAGUCAAAAGCUCUUGCCAGAUCUCCUAAGGCUGUGGACUCAAGCAGUCAUAAGCUGAAGAAGGCAGCAGACAAGAAAAAUAGAAAUUUGGUUGAACAGCAGAUGCUCUCAGAAACUCUGGAAGAUGCCCAAAUGAUGACAUUAAGUGUGGACAGACUGGCCCUUCUGGGUAGAACACAUUCAGUCAGGAUUAUCAUUGAAACAAUGGGAGUUCCUCCAGAUAGUCCUCAGAUGAUGCUUGGUAAAAAAAACUUUGCUGGGAAACCACCUAGCCUGACAACUAGCCUAGCAAAAAAACGCACUUUCUUUGUGGAAUAUCACUUUCCUGUGGGCUUUUCCAAAAGUGGAUUGAGAAAGUCAGCUUUGAUCACCGAGGUCAUUCGACUUGCCUCCAGUAAAAUUACAGAUGGAAUGGUAAAGUUCAAGCAGCGAUUUGUGUUUCCAGUACAGUUUGGUGGCCCAAUGAUAGAGCACUGGUGGAGCUCCAACCUCACUUUCCAAAUUUACACAAAGAAAAGUCCACAGAAAAAGCCAGAAGUAAUUGGAUCCGCAUCACUUCCUUUGCGAGCUGUCAUUCAGUCAGAGUUUCUUUCUUUCAGUGACCACCUUCCAGUGCAACAGGAAAGUGGUCAGACCCCAGUUGGCCCCCUCAAGGUGACUGUGGAGCUUGUUAUAGAUAACAAAGAUUUCACUGGUAUUAAUACUAAUCUAGGUAGCAGCAAGCAUACCCCACUUUGUGCUCCUGCAAGUCCAGAGAAGAUACUACCAGAAACUAAACAACAUGUUACUGGGGCCGGAAAUCCACAGUCCCUAAAUCAAAUUCAUGAAGAAACUGCAAAGGAAGAACAGAAUUUUGUCCACCCAAAGUCACCAAGCCCUGUAGUGCCAAAUCCUUCAACCUUCAUGGCUGUGCCAGCCUCCUAUAGUUUAGUAAAUCAGACAAGUGAGUCAGCAAAAGAGAGUGCUUUACUGUUGCAUGUGCUGUUAAUGGUGCCAGAUGGAAAAGAUUUCAUUACUGGAGAAUCUGAGAAACAACUACCAUGCAAUGUUUAUUUAAAUUGUAAACUCUUCAGCACAGAGGAAGUCACCAGAUCUGUGAUCGCGUGGGGCACAACACAACCAGUCUUUAACUUUUCUCAGGUGAUUCCUGUCUCUCUGUCUUCCAAAUACCUGGAAAGGCUUAAGAACAAUGUGAUGAUAAUUGAAACUUGGAACAAGGUGCGGAGCCCAGGACAGGACAAGCUGCUCGGGCUGGUGAAACUCCCCCUUCAUCAAUUUUACAUGUCAUUCAAAGAUCCUAAGAUUUCUCGCCUGCUACUUGAUGCUCAGUACCCAGUUGUUGCAGUGGACAGCUACAUGCCAGUGAUUGAUGUGUUUUCAGGCCACCAAAAUGGGAGCCUUCGAGUCUUUUUAGCUAUGGGUUCUUCAGAUCAGAUAAUGGCACUGCAAAGAUUAAAGAAUGAAGAAGGGACACUUCCUCCCUUCAGUCCUAGGCCAGCCCAUUUCCUGGACCAGCCUUCUAAAGCAUCUGUUGCUAUGGCAGAGGGCCAAGGAAGUGGAUUGAUGGAGCACCACUUUGAGUUCCACGUAGAGAAGGUUAAAGGAUUAACCCCUCUUCAGGCAACAGUCUGGGGAGAAGCAGAUUGUUACGUCCAGUACUACUUUCCAGCUCAAGACUCACAAUCCAGUGUGCUAGAAGGACCUGAGUUCCUUGAAAAUGGAAUCACUCUGAAGCCCUUCAGAUCUGCAACCACCCUCUGUGUUCCAGAUCCCAUCUUUAAUAGCGAGCACCAUCACUCUAUUCUGUUGCCAACUGAAGUUCCAGUGCAAAGGCUCCUACUCAGUGCCUUUUCUGCACAGGGGCUCGUGCCUGGUGGUGGAGUCCAGUUUGAAAUCUGGUGCAGAUACUAUUAUCCUAAUGUGAGAGACCAGAUGGUCGCCAAAGGAACCUUGCCAUUAUCAAGGAUCUGUGCCAUGGUAACCAUGCAGCACCGCGAGGAUGUGGGAAUACAGACCUUUAAUCUCCCUUUAACACCCAGGCUUGAGAACAGGAAAGAAUUGAAGAGCCAAUCAUCAGGUUUACUGGAUGUGGGCCUAAGGUACAGGCGUACUCCAAGGACAGCAGAAGGAGGUCUUGCUGCCCGAACUGUCUCCAUCUCAGUCCAGAUUAUCAGAGCCUGUGGUCUGCAAGCAGCAGCCAAGGCUUUGGCUGAGAAGGAACUUGCUCUCCAGUUUAGUGCCACAUUCGGAGUCAAUGCCUUUGUCACCACUCAUCUCUCCUUCCUACCCAAGGGAGAGCAGCGCCAAACCCACCCAGUGGCCUGUUCCUUCUGCCCUGAGUUCUCCCAUCACGUUGAGUUCUCGUGUAACUUGGUAACUCAGCACUGCAGUGGAGAGGCCUGUUUCCUGGCAGAGCUGUUGGAGUUUGCAGAAGUUACUUUUGCUAUUUAUCAUGAAGAUACCAAGUCAGCCAGUGAUAUAGCCAGUCUUCAGACAUCCAAAGAUUAUCUGCUUGGAGUAGUAAAGGUUCCAAUGAAAGAGCUACUGGUCAAGAGAUCUGGGAUCACAGGUUGGUAUCCUGUCAUUUUUCCGGAAGAUGGGGUCCUGACUCACAGCUUGGAGCUCAUGCAGAAGAUUGUGGGUGGUCUGGAGAUUACAGUUUCCUUUACCCAUCCUGGAGAUAGAGAGCGGGUGCUGGAAGCUGCUGAGCUAUUGGGCUGGAGCUUUGAUAACAGCCUAAAGGAUCUUGUCAAUAUUAAAGAGGAGCCAGCCACCAUCACCAUCUCCACGCCAAGGCUCUGGCUGCCCAUCCACUGCGUGCUGCUUGCUGGCCAGAAGCACAUUCAUAAGAACACUUACUGCUACCUUCGCUAUAAGCUGUAUGAUCACAAAGGCUUUUGGACCCCUCUGAAGAAGCCUAAGGAAUCUGCAGACAAAAACCAGGUCAUGGUUACUUUCAAGGCAUUCAAAAGAGCAGAAGUCAGCAGGGGCCCAUCACUGCUUUGGUACUUCAGGGAAGAGAGGCUGGAGAUCCAAGUGUGGCGGGCUUAUGGCAAUGAUAGUGUGGAGAGGCCUCACCAGACAGACAGCUGGAUUGGCUCAGCCUAUGUGGACCUGACCAGACUUGGGGAGAGGUCAGCAAAGACACUAACUGUCAGUGGUGUGUAUCCUCUGUUUGGACGAAAUGCCUCCAACCUCUCGGGAGCUGCCUUGCGAGUUCAUGUGAUUCUUUCUUCUCUUUCCCCACUCCCUGAGCCCACUGGUGAGCUGGACUCCAUGGACUGCAGCAGCCACAGUGAGGCUGAGCAGCUCCCCAGAAGGGAUGAGAUCCAGCUCUCUCCCCAACAUGGUGACCAGAAGUCUCCUGCCUGCACACAGGUGCCCUGCAGCAGCACCACAGCUAAAGUUUGUUCAGCCCAGGAGGGCCUUGCUGAGUUGAGUGGAACUUUUACAGUCAGUAUCCUGGUAGAAAGAGCAAUGCACUUGAGCCUGAGAGGAAUCCCCUUGACGGAGCAAAAAGUAUCAGUACCCAGUUGUUGUGUAUCCUUUGUGACAGCCGAUGAGCCAUCUCCUAUAUACACCCAAGUGGUUGAAAACACAGAUUCCCCCAUCUGGAAUUUUCAGCAGCAGUCACGGUUAUCAAAAGAGCUUCUUCUGGACCCACAACAGACCCUGGUCUUUAAAGUUUGGCAUAAAGGAGAUGAAGAAAGGGUGAUUGGCUUUGCCUCAGUGGACCUGUCCCCACUUCUGUCUGGCUUCCAGUUUGUCUGUGGCUGGUACAACAUCACAGACUUCAGUGGAGAGUGCCAGGGGCAGAUAAAAGUUGCCAUCUCCCCUUUGGAGAGUUUGAUGCACUUCAAAGAAGAAAGGCAAGCAAGACGUGGGGUGCAGACCCCAGGAUCACUGAUUCCAAAAUACAAUCCCUUUUCCAUCCCUGCCUCUGAUAUGUAUGCUGCAUUCCCCAGCUACAUUGCAAGACAGACCCCAGAACAACUUGCUCACACCUCUUCAAAGGAGCUUGAUUUUUCCUCUCCUGGAAGAGGUGGUACCUCAAGAAGCCAGGCAUCACGUCAUGAAGAACAUGUGCAGAACAUUCGUCGAUUUCAUGAAUCCUUGCACCAGGGAGAUGCAGUCUUGACAAGUGAUGACAAACUGACCACAUCACCCUUGUCCUCCAAUACCUCCCUUCUGACUUCUCUCAGGAGGAAUCUGAGUGAACUAGAUCAGAUCCAGCAGUACUUCAGCCAGAAGCUCACCAAGCCUUUCCUACCCCUCAGCCCUCAGACUCAGACCACUAUCUUGCAGUGCCAGGAGAGCCAUAGGGACCAUACUGGGCAAGGAGCCAGCAGCCUGGACCCUGAGAGCCAGUGCAUUCUGGAGAAAUCGAAUAACCUGGUGUUGCAAGUCAGCUCCUUAAUCACAGAUCUGCAGACUAUCACCAGGAAUUCUCAAGCAUCUCUGAGUUCUCACCGAGCCAGAAGUAGAAGCAAAGAGGUCACCACCCUCCCAGAUGCUCAGGACACAGAGGCCAUACGAGAACGAAGCAGAACUCCAGACCACCCAUUGGCAAGAGCUCCAGAUGGGGGCACAAAUUCCUUACCUCCCCAUACUGUUGAAGAGACUUCAGGUGGGAGGAGAAUGCUCCAUAAGGCUCUGGGACAUACAGCAUCCAAAAAUGAUGCUGAGUCAUUGGUGUUUACAAGGAUGCAGAACAGUGAGGACACUGAGGCAGGCCUGGCCUACAGUGAUGAGGACUAUGAAGAAGACAUCAUUGAACCCAGGACUCUAAAUGAGAUCACCACUGUGACGGACAAAACUAGCCCUUGGUCCAGUUUUGUGUCAGACACAAGUGAGGUCAUCAGUCUUCAGCCUAAUGAGGUACAGAGAGAAAGUCCCUCUUGUCCUUCAGAGCCUUCCCCCAGGGAGGAGCUCCAGGUCAAAAGUAGCUUUCUCUCCAGCCCGGAAAGAGCUGUUAACCCCCACCUGCCUAGACAGGGUUCUCCUAGCCAAAGUCGUGUUCCUUGUGAGGGUGGCACGUCUAAGGCCAGGGCUAAAGAGCCUGCCUCAGCAAACCCUCAGCUUAUCCCACGCUUGACACUCUCAGGAACCCAACAGAGCAACACCUUUGUUGAAUGGAGUUCAUCAAGGACAGGUGAGGAAAUGGAGCCCAAACCAGACCCUCAGACUGAGAAUGAGGCUGCCUCCAGUGAGCUAAGUGACUCUACUGAUAGCUUCGAGAAGCUCUCUGUAUACCUAGCCUCCCAAACCAGAAGAGAAAACCAUAAGGGGCCACCCAUCAACGGCCCUGACAUCAAGCAGAAGCAAGUGACAACUGAAUCUGAGGUGUCCACAAGGCAGAACCUCCUUCUCCCAGAGCCCAUUGUGGUACCCAACUUCUUUUUGCCUCCACAGCAGUUGGAGGCCUCCCUACGGAUGCUCUCGCUCUCUGCAGCUUUGCCGCCACCAACCACAGCAGAUCAGGACAAGAGUGAGACCACCAGUGGAGCCCUGUCCCAAAGGCCCUGUCGCCCCAGACUUAACUUGCUUCCUCCCAAUCUGCCUGAAGAAGAAACUCGAAGGAUUGCACGGAUAUUCUCUUCCCAAUACUCCCAGAAAGAUUAAUAUAACCUUCUGAGAGAUUGAGGGAAGGAGCCACUGCCCACUCUCCCUCAGCCUUGCCCAGCUUGUGGGAGACCCCAGGGCUGUCAUAGCCCUGAAACCACUAUCAGCCUACUCCACGGGCAACUUAAGCCCCAGUCAGCCCAGACUGGAGGAACUUUACAGUCUAGCCCCAUGUUCACCUGCUAGGACUUCCGCCUUUUCCUUCCAUGGCGAGGCAAAGGCUAGAAACAAAACGGAUUCCAGAACUCAAAUGGCCCACUCAUCUGACCAGAGGACCAAAGCAGGCAUCUUUCUGCUGAGAAACUCCUCCUCCCAGUAUCCUUGAUGCAGCCCACCCUCCACCUGAGAUUGAUGAGCCACUUUUGCCUUAAAGGUUGGGGUAAUGGGGCAAGUUUGUAUAUUGUGUGCAUCAUGUGUAGCUGAGGAAAUCCUAGGGCCACCUCCAGUUCAUUGCUUGGGAAUAAGGAUUUUUAUAGAUAUAAAUUGUUUUUAUGCUGUAUUGAAUUAAUCACCUCCUUCAAGUUUUUAUCUGAUUGUCUGAAAUUCUAACCAUGCUUUUAACUUAUUGUUUUAACCCAGCUCUGAGGAUCAUUGUUCCUGCC